AUGAUUCAAUUGACUAGAAACGGUAUAUUAAAAUCUAAUUUUAAUCAAUUUAUAAGGAAAGUAACAACAAAAUCACAUUUAGCUUCAAAUCCUUUCAAUGUUGAAAAUAUGCAAAUGAUAAGAGAAUCAAAAAAUCAAUUUCCAAAACCAAAUUUUAUUAGUUUUGAUUUAUUUGGUACAUUAUAUUAUCCUAAGAAAUCAAUACCUGAACAAUAUUAUGAUAUACUGAAACAUGAAUUUGGUAUAUCAUUACCUGCUCAAACAAUAGCUGAAAAAUUCCCUAAGAUAUAUAAAGAAAUGAUGAUUGAAUAUCCAAAUUAUGGUAAAGGUAAUCCAAAAUUUGAAAAUACAGAUUCUUGGUGGGAAGAACUUAUAAAAAGAAUUUAUAAAACAAAUGAUUCCAAAAUAGAUGAUGAAAAAUUAAAUGCUUUAGCUUAUAGAUUAAUCCAUCAUUUUACAAGUAAUGAAGCUUAUUCAUUAUAUCCUGAUGUUUUGCCAACUUUAAAAUUUUUAAAAAAUAAAGGUGUAAGAUUAGUUGCGUGUAGUAAUUCAGAUGAAAGAGCUUUAACAAUAUUAGAAUCAUUAGGUAUAAAACAAUUUUUCCAUUGUAAUGAAAUUUUACAUUGUGAUAAUGUAUUUUUAAGUUAUAAUUUAGAUCAUUUAAAAGGUGAAAAAAUAUUUUAUGAUAAAGUUGCAAUGAUUGAAUAUAAAUCUGAAAUUAAUUCAAAUUAUUCAAAAAAGCAUGUACCAGUUGAAUUUUUAACUGGUUGUUAUCAAAUUGGUGAUAAUUAUAAUGAGGAUUUCAUUGGAUCAAUAAAAGCUGGUUGGAAUGGUGUAUUAUUAGAUAGAAAUGGUUCUCAUAGUCUUAAUUUAACAAAAAAUAGAGAAAGUAAUCCAAAAUAUGAUGCUUGUGCUUUAAGUCUGCAAGAAAAAGAAUUGAGUAAUAAUAAUGAUGAAGAUGAUAAUGAACCAUUAGUUUUAGCUAAUAAUAGAAUAGUUAUUACUAAUUUGGAACAGUUAUUGAAGUUAUUUGAUUGGAAUUGA